GGCAACGGCAAAGGCAAAGCAGUCGCCUCCGAGGAAAAGUCCGCAUGAACUCGCGAGAAGCGGCGGGCCGUGGCGGGGCUACGUGGUACGUACCGCCUCCCGCCGCGACCGCAUAUAUGCGGUGCGUGCGCGCAAACACAACAGACGCCGAGAGCCCGCGACACGGGAGACGGGAGUACGGGACGUUCGUGUACACCCCCACACGUAACACGCGUGCGAAAUGAGCGAGGCGGACGGAGGCGAGGGGGCGAAGCCGAAGCGGCCGGCGCCGCGGCUGAACGAGAGGAUCCUCUCGUCGCUGUCGCGGAGGUCCGUCGCCGCGCACCCCUGGCACGACCUCGACACCGGCGCUGACGCUCCGGCUGUGUUCAACGUUGUUGUGGAGAUCUCCAAGGGAAGCAAGGUGAAGUACGAGCUCGACAAGAAAACGGGGUUCAUCAUGGUUGAUCGGGUCUUGUACUCGUCAGUGGUUUACCCCCACAACUACGGCUUCAUCCCUCGAACGCUCUGCGAAGACAACGAUCCAAUGGAUGUUCUAGUGCUCAUGCAGGAGCCAGUGAUUCCCGGCUGCUUUCUCCGAGCUAGGGCCAUCGGACUCAUGCCCAUGAUCGAUCAGGGAGAGAAGGACGACAAGAUCAUAGCCGUCUGCGUGGACGAUCCUGAGUACCGCCACUACAACGAUCUCAGUGAGCUUUCGCCUCAUCGCGUCCAGGAAAUCCGGCGUUUCUUUGAAGACUACAAGAAGAAUGAAAACAAGGAGGUCGCCGUGAAUGAGGUACUGCCUGUGACCGCUGCUCGGGAUGCCAUCCAGUAUUCCAUGGAUCUGUAUGCUCAGUACAUUGAGCACUUGGGGCAGUAGACCAGUAGUAUAACACCAGAACAAUCCUUCACCGCCAUUGAUCAUGUGUUUAAUAGAAGUGCCAAACUACCUUGAGGUACUAAAAUUUUAGUGUAAAAUUUUGAUACCCGCACCGCAGGUACACUUUCUGAAGGACCGUAAAAUAUCUACUCAAAAGGGGUACCCAAAACUGAAAAAAUAUUUUGCCAGGAAGACAGGAAGCACAGGUUUGCCUUAGUGACUUGUUGUAUUAGUGCUUUAGCUGCUAGAGAUGCACGGUGUAUGUAUUUUGUAAAUAAUAGUAGAAAAGGCCUUAGUUGCUCAUGAAGCUGUUCCAGGCCUCAACACUAUUACACUGAAUUUUACAAACGUACAGUAAGACGAAUAAAAGAAGUGCCUGACGAAUCAUGCAUGUUA